ACAGUUUACCGGUUGCCUUCUAACCGAUCAAUUGAUCGCUAAGCCAAAAAAAAAAGAAAAUAAACUCAACAGCAAGCUGAACGUCAAGGAUCAAAGAAAGGAUUAUAAAAAAAAAGCGAGACGGAGGUGGAUAGCAGUGUUGUGUAGUUGUGCGCAAUAUUUGGAAAAAAAAAAAGAAAAACAGAAAAGAAAACUAGAAAAACAAAUUAAAUUGUGAAAAUGUUUAAGUUUGUGUGUUUAUUCGCCUUGGUGGCAACCAGCGCCGCCUCUUCCAGUACCUCCGAAUAAAAAAAACUCCUUACCAGUGCCCUAAAAAUGGUGAAGGAGUGUGGUGAUCGUUCAAUGGAAAAAAAAAUGAAGGAACGUGCGUUAAAAAAAAUCGACACGGAAAAUGGCGAUGUUAAGUUGACUGAAGGCAUUUCAUUGAUAAAAAAAAAAAACAUUCCAGUGGGACGUUCACUGAGUGAUGCUGCCUUGCCCGACGAGCCUGAAAAAAAAAAAAAUGAGGUUGAUGCUUUGUUGGUGGAGCGUGUGGCAAGAUUCUUCGGCACAAAAAAAAUGCAAUUCAAAGUGCCCAAAGACUCAAUUCAGGAUAUGCAACGUGCGCUUGAAGAAUCGCGCGGCAAGAAGAAGGAAAAAAAGAAGUAUCUCCUACCAUUGCUAAUGCUCUUCAAAUUGAAAAUGGCCGCUUUACUGCCGCUCGCUAUCGGUUUCCUCGCAUUGAUCUCUUUCAAAGCGCUCGUUAUCGGCAAAAUCGCUUUGCUGUUGAGUGGUAUUAUUGGAUUGAAGAAACUGCUCGAAUCGAAGAAGGAGAACUAUGAAGUUGUAGCACAUCCGCAUUACUCGCAAAAAAAACACGGCUAUGGACGUUCGCUGCACGAAGCACAAAAAUUAGCUUACUCAGCGUAUAAGCAAUAGGGUCAGCGGUUGGACGGACGAAAGACGGAUGUGGCUAAACGGGUGUGCAAUAAAUAUGUAUAUCCUGAAACGAACAAAAAAAGAAAAACACAAAA